AUGUGCUGGCCCAUGGAUCUGCUCCCAUUGCCCCCCUGUGCUGAGCUGGUGGUCCGUUCUCUGAGUGGGCUCCCGUGGACCCUGCUGCUCCUCUUCCUAUGGUAUUGUUACAGGGUGGGCUCCGACCCGCCAGCCCCAGGCCGAGCCAUCCCAGGAAAGCACAAGUCCGGCUCCAGGCGCUCUGUGUUGUCCCGUGCCGGCAGCUGUGCGGGAACAGAGUGCAAUGCCACAUCAAAGAUGGCCACUGGAGAUUGGGGGACUCCCUGCAUCUCCAUGGAGACAGGGGAGGAGGAACAGGGGCGAGGCUACCUGACCCCUGUGCUGAGCCAUGCCCUGUUCCCAGCCCAGGCCACAGCGAGUGGCAGGAAGCUGUAUGCAGCACUGCAGGAGUAUGCAAAGCGCUACAGCUGGGCUGGCAUGGGACGCAUUUAUAAAGGACUCCGGGAGCAGGCCACAUUAAAUGAUCGCUCCUCCAUCCAAAAGCCUCAUCUCUUCUUCCUCCCAGAUGUCCCCAGCAUUCCUUUUUUCCCACGUGACGCCCAUCGACAUGACAUUGAGGUCUUGGAGGCCAACUAUCCCAUAAUCCUCGCAGAGUUCCAAGCGGUCUACCAGAGAGGCAUUGAUCCGAAGAUGGGCUGGACUCUGCCUGGGACCUAA